AACUCGAGAGGAAAAAGAAAAAGAAAGAGCCCGAAAAGAAAAAAAAAGGGAAAAAAAAACUCGGAGCGAUGCACUCUUGGGUGCAGCGGCUGUUGACGACGGCGACGACGGCGGCGCUCCUCCUCCUCGCCGCCUGCUGCGCCGCCUCCGCGCUCGACGCCUUCCACGUCCCCUCCGUCCAGGCGCAAGCCCAUGUUACAAAGAUAAACCGAUUCCACAAGCAGCUCAAUGGCAACGACAAGGUGACACUGACCUUCAACUUGUCCGCAAAUUUGGAGUCACUAUUCACUUGGAGCACAAAACAGGUGUUCGUUUUUCUGACUGCUGAGUAUGAGAACUCGAAGAAUUCGCUUAACCAGGUUUCAUUGUGGGACCACAUCAUACCCGACAAGGACAAAGCGAAUUUGCAAGUGGAGGUGAAGAGCAAGUAUCCUCUGAUUGACCAGGGAAGCAGUUUGCGCGGGAAGAAAGUUCAGCUUGUUCUACACUGGCAUGUCAUGCCCAAGGCCGGUGUAAUGAUCCGGGAUCGAAUGGCUCUCUCAGAGUUCAACCUGCCAGACUCCUAUACAUCUUGAGCAGCUCUGCUCUAUCUGAUCAGUUCUGUAGUAGACUCACACAUGUAGAUCUGGUAACAAUCCUCUAAUGAACAUGACGAUUAAGCAUUGUGCAUCCUAGGCAAAAUGCUCUUUCCAAUUUGGCAUCUGCCAUACGUUAGGAUAAUUGAUGGAAAACCGAAGCAGCAUAUGAAAAGCACAGAAACAGCGGCUGCGUUUAUUCUUGCCCCAGCUCGAUUGAGCACAUAGAGAUGCAUUACAUGUGCUGGCAGAGUGACUGUCAGUGAAGUACUGACAUCAACCAGCUACAUCUUCA